CGAGAGUUGACCUGGCAGCGCAACCCUUCGACCGUGAUGACUACGGCAGUUGCCCAUCAAGCCAUGGAGGUCAUCAUGGCCGCAGGUGUCGUGUGACAAGGGUGGCCGCACGUGUUGACGGCUCAACGCGGAAGCAUUGAUUAUGGUCUUCAUUUUUGAAUUCACCAAGACACUGGCAAUCGAGCACGUUUCGUCAUGGGUUUUGACACGUCAACAGCAACGUCCUGUGGGUACGUACUCCGUGUGGAUCGCCAUUCCAAGCGUCGUCACCCCCAAGGCGAGAGGGACGAGCGCCGCCUCCGCCGCAGCCAACGUACCGAAGUGUGUCUUCGCUGGACUGCGAGUGUCGUUGCCGUGACGUUCACCCUCGGGUACUGCUUCGCCGCGUUUAUCUUUGGUCCGUUGGGCGAGCUAGCAUACCCCGACGUGAGCUUGCGCACCCUCGGGCACAUUCAUGUUGCGACGGGAGCGAUCUGGAUGCUGUGUGCGACCGUGCAAAUCUGGCCGUCAUUUCGCACGAGAUACCCAGCCCGGCAUUGCGCGCUCGGCUACUUUUCAAUUGGUGUGAUGAUGGUGUCCGUCUUGGCGAUCUGGGCCAUGUGCUUGUACGGCCGCUUGAGACUGGAAGGGGGGCUUGGCAUCAUGGCGUCAGGUCUCAUCUUUUCUGUCGUGUGGGUAGUCUCAAUCUACUACGGCGUACAAGCCAUCAAGAGCGGCCGCGUCGAACUCCAUCGACAUCACAUGCUUCGGGCAUACUGGCUAUCGUGGUCAAUCAUUCUCAUGCGGCCACUGUUCACGGUGUUUCUCUUUGCCCUCGGUGGGUCCCCGGCCGCCCAAGACGACACGAGCCGCCUUGUGUUGGGAGUUACCUCCUGGGUGGUCUUCGCGCUCAUGUACAUGGCAGUCGAGUACUGGUGCAAGCCCCAAUGGUCAAUAGAAGAAACUGACCGAACAUUCUCGCCGUGCACGCUUGUCGCCCGCCAAAAGCUGACCGCCGAUACUGCACUGGUCACUCUCCAAUCUGCCUGGGACGACGUGAUGGCGUUCCCUCUCCUGGCAGGCCAUCACUGCUCAGUCCGCGUAAACGGCGUCACGCGAUCAUAUACUCCCGUUCCCGGGGAUGUGGCGGUGGAUUCGGCCAUCUCGCGCAGCAAUCAGCUCAACUUGAUGGUCAAGCUCGUCCCGAACGGAAAAAUCAGCACUUUGUUGCACACGGCACCGCUUGGAACGUUGGUUGAAGUACUGGCGCCCAUCGUGGGGACGUUUCGCUUGCGGCCGCACGUGCACUCGGAGCUCGUGCUGAUCGCCGGCGGCUCCGGCAUCUCGACCAUCCUUUCGAUCCUCCAAGCUGCACAGUGGGAGCGUCGGUACAAGACGAUUCGUGUAUUUGUAUUCUCGUCGACGGGGUUUGUGUGGCAAGACAAGCUGCGUGCUCUGGCGUCGGAAACGAUCCACCUCACUUUCGUUCGCGAACGCCCAUCUAUCGAGCAUUUCCACAACGUCGAGGCGUCAGGAUCUACGAUGGUAGCUCUGUGCGGGUCGUUCGGGUUCAUGACGAGUGUGCUGGGACUACUAAAGAACCACAGCCGCAUCAACAUCCAUGCCUUUGGCUUGGACGACCGCUAAGAUGGUGCUCGUGAUUCUCCCGAAUACUCCCACGAUUUCCCGUUUGACUCCUUUGCAUCCAAACUCGAUUCAUUAAUGGACUGUAUCACAACGUUCACAGCUCCUGUCAUCGUCGCAACGUCAACGUCAUGCCUACGGCAUGAG